AUAUAUGUAGCUUCUUCCAACAGCGGGCGAAAGCUACACAUAUCCUUGAGGCGGAUAAGGGCACAAGGUAUUUCCACGCUAUCGUCAACAGGAACAAGGCCAGGAAUACCAUUACGUCCAUAAGGUUGGAUGAUGGUAGUCUCACUAUUUCUAUUGAUCAUGUUGGGAAUGAAUUUGUAAAAUUUUUUGUUGAUCUUUUUGGCACCGACAUAGAAACCUUUUCCUUUGACCAAACGGUACUAGGAACCGGCCCUUUGAUUGAACCAAGUGUUCAUGAUAGCCUAUUAUCUCCGAUAACUAACAAAGAAAUUAAAGAUGAUUUGUUUGAUAUUGGGGAUGACAAGGCACCGGGGCCGGACGGCUAUUCAUCGGCGUUUUUUAAGAAAAAUUGGAAUGUUGUGGGGGGGAUGUGACUCGGGCGAUCAAAGAGUUUUUUAACUCGGGAAAGAUGCUUAAACAGCUAAAUCAUACUGUGAUAGCUCUAAUUCCUAAAACUAGUCACUCCCCCAUGGUCUCAGAUUAUAGACCUAUUUCGUGUACUAAUGUGCUUUACAAGAUCAUUACGAAGAUUAUUGCGGUAAGAUUAAUCCCUACCCUUUCGGGUUUGAUUAACAAAGCACAAGGUGCGUUUGUGGAUGGCCGCCUAAUGUUUGAUAACAUUUUCCUCGCCCAGGAACUUGUUAGAGGAUAAAAUAGGAAGCGAAUCUCACCUCGUUGUAUGAUUAAGGUGGAUUUGCGCAAGACCUAUGAUACUAUUUCUUGGGAUUUUCUUGUCAAUGUUCUUAAGGGUCUGGGCUACCCCGAUUUAUUUGUGGGUUGGAUAAUGGAGUGCGUUACUACCGCGUCUUUUUCUGUUUCGUUGAAUGGAAUUUUGCAUGGUUUCUUUAAGGGUAAGCGUGACAUUAGGCAAGGGGAUCCAAUGUCCCCGAUGCUUUUCGUUCUAUGCCUUGAGUACUUCUCUCGCCUUCUUACCAUGAAAUCUAAAGUAUCGGGCUUUAACCACCACCCGCUUUGUGGGUCCUUGGGUAUUAUAACUCACUUGGCCUAUGCGGAUGAUCUUAUGCUCUUCUCGAGAGGAGACAAAUACUCCAUUGGAAUAUUGGUUGAGGCUCUUAAUGAGUUUGGGGACUUAUCGGGCCUAAGGGUUAACCAUAACAAAUCUAAUAUUUUUGUUGGUGGGGUUAAUAGCUACGAUUUGCAGGGUAUUUUAGACCUCGUGGACUUUGAUCGUGGAGCUUUCCUGGCGAGAUAUCUCGGUAUCCCACUUGCGCCUUUAAAAAUCUCCGUGGCCCAAUAUGCGCCACUCCUAGAUACGGUAAAUGAUUUCUUAAGCACCUGGAACACCAAGACGAUUUCAUAUGCAGGUAAACUUGAGCUAAUACGAUCGGUGAUCCAAGGGGUCCAAUCGUUUUGGCUCCAAGUGUUUCCGGUGCCUCAAACUGUUCUUGAUAGAAUUGUUUCGAUAUGUCGUAUUUUUUUAUGGGGUGGCAAAUUCGCAAAGGUGGCUUGGGACGAUAUUUGCCUCCCCAAAGAGGAAGGCGGCCUUGGCAUUCACAAUGCUAAGAUAUGGAAUCACGCCCUCCUUGCGCGCACCCUCUGGGAUGUACAUCUAAAGAAAGACACGCUUUGGGUUCGUUGGGUGAACAGUGUAUACCUCAAGGGUAGAACCGUGUGGGAUUUUGUCCCACAAACCCGAGACUCCCAGCUCAUGAAGCGACUUAGUUUCAUUCGAGAUAAAAUCCGGGGUUGUUUUAAUAACUUAAAUGAUACGAUUCUUGGUCUUAAUUCCCGUUCCACAAAUGGGAAAUUAACCUCCGCCAAAAUUUAUGAAUUACUUAGAGUUAAGGGUAAUGUUAGGACUCCUAUGAGUUUCAUAUGGAAAUCCUACAUUCCCCCCCAAACUAUCUUUUAAUGUAUGGUUGGCUUUAAGAAACCGGCUUCCUACCCAGGAUAGCCUCGGGUAUCUACACAUUGUGAAUGGGUGUGAACUGUGCAAGGGUGGUUUGGAGACAAUACCACACCUUUUUUCCCUUGGCCCUUUACUCGUAGGGUGUGGCAGCACAUAAGGAACUGGAUGAGACUUGGGCAUGACAUGACCACCUUGCUAAGUGCCGUGAAGUGGAUUAUGAAGACGCAUUGAGGAUCGACGCUGAAGGCAAAGGCAGCCCGCCUAGCUUUCUGCGCCACGGUUUAUUAUAUCUGGCAUGGGCGUAAUGAGAUACGAUUUGAGGGGGGAUCAAAGACGGAGGCAGAUAUUAUUGCUAAGAUCAAGCAUGUGGUGUAUAAGGUCCUAUACAACUUAUACCCGCAUGAAAUGAUCAACUUUUGAUGAUGGAUGUCGAAGCCGCGGCAUAACCUCCUUGGACUUGUGUGUGCACCUUGCAACACAUCGGACUUCUGGUUGAGGCUAAGGGGAGACUUCACUAUAACCUCCUCUUGGCUGGGAUGUUCGCAUCUGUUUUUUGAUGUAUUGUUAUGUUCUGUGUCGGUGCAUCAUGGCAGCACCGUUUUUUUGUGAUUUUUGGGCAUUUAGUAUUGUAUACUUAGGCCCUUUUUGAAUUUUUGACCUUUGAUUAGAUCGAAUAAAAACCUCUUCUUACCCCUACACUAUGUAGGGGUGGGGGUUUUAGGAGAUCUAGAACUCAUGAUGUAUAGUUUUCUUUGGGUGUUAAUAUAAAUUUAGAUUUCAUCCAAAAAA